AUGUGGGCACGAAUUUUAAGAUGUUUCAGGCCUAACCCUGACCCUCUGUUAAUAUGGGAGCCCCAUACAGACUUGAAUUUGUACAGCGACUUCUAAGAGUUGAUAGAAAAUCGCUUUAAUGAAGUUAAGAGAAGCUCAAGCAUUUAUAAAUACUAUGCUAAGAUAGGAUUCCAGGGAUUCAUAUAUAUCUUAAAUAUUCUUGAACUUAUCUUUACAUUAUGUUACAAGACUUACAAUAAUAUUUCUGAUGACGAGACAUACUAUGUGAGAUGCUAUUUUAUUUCUAUCAUUUUUUGUGUUCUACUUCAUAGUGGAAGCUGGAUGUACACGUAUAAAUUCAGAGAAGUAGCUAAACAAAGCCUUUUUGUUGAAAUUUCAUACUAUAUCUAUUACAUGUUUAUGGGAGUACUGAGCUAUUUUAAAUUAGCUCCCUUUAUUUAUUAUUUUAAUAGAGAUUAAUCCAUAAAAUAAUUCUCAUUCAGUGAGAUUAAUAAAUACCUCUAAUUAAAUGGGGAAGAUAAAUUUCGAAAUCCAUGCAUGCUUUUCAAGCAUAGAACAAAACCUGUCAAUAUCUUUAGAGAUUUAAUAUUCCACAGAGUUGCUCUCAUUUGA